GGAAACAUGAAGCCUCCACUCGUGGUGUUUACUGUUUAUCUGCUGUGGCUGAAUGCCUGUCACUGCGCGCCCACUUGGAAGGAGCAGGCCGCUGUGGGUGGAGACCUGAGGGGUUUUGUUGAGUCUGCAGAGACAGAGGCUGAUAAAGAUGUGAAGAAGGCUUUGAUUGGGGUUAAGCAGAUGAAGAUGAUGAUGGAAAGAAGAGGUGAAGAACACGGCAAUCUAAUGAGGACGUUAAAGAAAUGCAGAGCAGAGAAGCAGGAGGCCCUGAAACUUAUGAAUGAAGUUCAAGAACAUCUGGUGGCUGAGGAGAGGCUGUGCCAGGUGGCCCUGACAGAUUCAUGGGAUGAAUGCAAGUCUUGCCUGGAGAGUAACUGCAGGAGAUACUAUACAACCUGCCAGCCUAGCUGGGCCUCUGUGAAAAACACGAUUGGGCAGUUUUUUUCUGCAAUAUAUCAGUUUUUGUUUCCUUCCCAUGAAGAUGAUGAACGAGAUCUCUCUGUGCUCGAAAAGCUCACUGAGGAGGAUACACGAGUGGCCUGGAUAGAGGACGUGUUCAGCCGGCUCACUGUGGAUGUGGGAGCUCUGUUUAACAGGAGUUGCAACAUCUUCCAACAGAUGCAGCAAGGAUUCGACCAGGCUUUUCAAUCCUACUUCAUGUCCGAUGCAGACUUAGAAAACCCUUACUUCUCCCCAGCUUUAUCUAAAGAGUCAGCAAAGACAGACGAUCCAGUCCCGAGUUGGGACAUAACCAACUUCUUUCAGCUGUUGUGUAAUUUCAGUCUCUCCGUUUAUGAAAGUGUCAGUGAAUCUAUUGCUGGGACGCUGAAUGCAGGAGAAGACGUACCAAGACAAGACAAAGACCCCCACCAAGGAGGCCUGAUGUCAGGACUGACUUUACCUGUGACUAGCAGAGGGCCAUGUGAACGACUGGGCCAGAAUUUGUCAGGAUGUUUCAGAUUUCGGGAAAGAUGUCAAAAUUGUCUGGAUCACCUAUGGGGAGACUGCCCUGGUGUACCAGAGCUGCAUACAGAAUUAGAUAAAGCUUCUAAAUUGGUCAACGUGUCCAAUCAGCAAUACACCCAGAUUCUCCAGAUGACGCAGGAUCACUUGGAAGACACCAUGUAUCUUGUGGAGAAGAUGAGAGGACAAUUUGGUUGGGUGUCUGAACUGGUCAACCAGACCCUGGGAACAGAGAGCAGCUUCAGUCCAGUAAAGGUAGUUCCAGGUGUUCAUGAAGAAAAAUUAUCUAAACAAGAUGAAAAAAUGCUAGAUUUAAGCAUUCUGCCUUCCUCUAAUUUCACACUCAAGAUUCUUCUCAAUGAAGGUUCUGAGAGUUCCAACUUUAUCAGCUCUCUGGUGACAAAAGCACUACAGAAUUUUAAGGAGCAUUUUAAAGCUUGGUAA